AUGACACAACAGUCAUACGAGGAUGGCCUGAAGAAAGCUCAGGAUCUGGCCAGCCGGGCCGUAGCAGCCGAAGCAUCCCUCUCAAACCUGUCGCCUUCGGUCUCCCCUCUGCCCACUUUGCACAAGGCAUUCCCACUGUACAUCUCCGCGGCUGAGGUCUAUUCGUCCUUGUUGUCUUCACACACAGCUUCCGAGCAAGACAAGGCACAAAUCCGAAAAAAAUGGCGAUUGGUCCUGGAGAGAGCCGAAAAGGUCAAGAAGAAGAUUGAGAGUCUCGGUGGAAGUGUCGGAAAGGCUUUGAUGACGGAUGAAGGGGAAGAAGAAAAGAUCAAAGCCAGAAGCUCAACGCUGAAUGGGAUCAAGGCUGAAAUCUGGGAGGGACACGGGAUACAGGCUGAGCUUCGAGACACAAAACCAUACAUCGACGGACUCCAGCCUGAAUUGACUGAUGAAGCGGCCAAGCUCGAUCAUUCGUGGCAUGCACAGCCCGAUUCCCAUUGGGGGAGAGACAUCAACAAAACGGAUAGAUGGGUGGCGCGACAGGGUCUCGGUGCAGACUGUUCAGUCGUUGCUGCUCUUUCGGGCUGCAUGGAGCACAACCGUAAAUGGGGAACGAACCUAGCGGAGAGUGCUUUAUAUCCCCGUGCGACGACAGGUGGCAGUAGACGAUCAGAAACUCGCAAGCAUGUUGUGAAACUCUUACUCAAUGGGAUUUGGCGAGGCGUGAUCAUCGACGCGCUGCUUCCCAACGCCAAGCCGAGUGAUGCCGCUCUCUACCCAGUUCCAUGUGCUCUGUCCACUUCGAAGUCUAACUCAUCAACGGAUAAUCCCCACCCAUGGAUGCCGCUCGUCAGUAAAGCCUACUUCAAGGUUCAUGGGGGGUACUCCAUGCGGGGCUCGAAUCCUUCGACAGAUGUUUAUGAGCUCACUGGUUGGAUACCGGAGCGUGUAAAUCUGUCCGAGGGAUUCAGACGAGAAAAGGAAUGGAAAAGAUUAUACGAAGCAUGGCAGAAAGGUCAUAUCUUGGUGAACAUUGGGACCGGCAAGACGGUUAAGUAUGGACUAGUUCCCUUACAUGCGUACGCUAUCCUAGAUGUGAUCGAACAAGGUAGCGAACGGUUGGUUGAGGUUUACGAUCCAGGACACGGACAAGAGAUUGAUUGGCGCUCUGACGACGUGGUGAACGAUCUGAACCGCUUGUCCAUGGGUCCCAAGCCCCAAACUCGCGGCGUUUUCAAGAAGACUUGGGAUCAGCUGUGCUCUGACUUCGAGUCAUUGAACCUGAACUGGAAUCCACAAUUGAUGCCUGUCACUGCCUCUAAGUUCUGGUCAUGGCAGAAGCCGCUGUCGCUGGAUGAUGCGUCUCAGCCAAGUGAAUCUGCUCCGCGCUACCGAUUGUCCAUUUCCGGUACACCUGAUGGAUCGUCAGAGGUUUGGAUCUUACUCUCACAGCAUGUGACGAGCAACGACAGACCUUUGGACGAUAUCGCAUUGCGUGUCUUUGAAGAACAUUUCGGAGGCACGACGUCUGACAAGGGAGUCUUGCAUCCUUCCAAAGCGUCCGACUCGAUUCCUUUCUCAAACUCUUGUCACUUACUGUAUCGCUAUACUAUUCGUCGAUCCAACACUUCGCUUCUCGUCAUCCCUACACGAGAUCGAGGUAUCUUCCGUACAGACUUUACACUUCGAAGCUUUGCGCCAUCUCAAUACUCCAUGAAUCUGGAACGCAUCUCACGAAUACUGGCGUUCUCCACUUCGAUCCAGGGUGAUCUGACUAAGCGCAAUAGCGGUGGACAUCCAGGCUGGCCAAGCUGGGUAGAUAAUCCACAGUAUGCGCUCAGAAUCUCACCUGGUGACCGUGGCGGAGCGAAAUCGCUUAUCAGGAUCACGUUGUCCGGGAUCAGCGAGCUAGCCUGGAACGUCAAGUUGCUUUGGGGUAAAACUGGUCUGGUUACAGAGCCUGUCCAAGAGUCGCUCAUCGCAGACUCGGGCUCAUACACUCAUGGUGCUGCAUUCCUCGACUAUGCAAACUUGUCGGCUGGGAUGUACACCAUUUCAAUCUCAGCCUUUGAGCCAGGUCAACUUGGCAAAUUCAACAUGAUGGUGGAGACGGAUCUGCCUGCGACUCUGCAACCUAUCCCUCAGGAAGGUGCAGGCAUGUACUCCAGAACUCUCACUCGAAAAUGGACUGAGCAGAUCGCCGGCGGCCGACCCAGCGGAGGAUCUUAUGGUCGCAAUCCUCACAUCGAGUUGGUCUUGCCGAAAGCUUGCACGGUGAUGGCAAGACUAUUCCAUGUGGUUCCCACUUCCAGCCCGAUACCUCUCAACCUGACACUAUUUCAAAGGUCAGAUGGUGGACAAAUAGGGGACCAAGUAGCUACUUCUGGUCCAUACUCCGACAGUCUAUCGGGCGUCCGACUGUCCAGGACAAAGCUCGAUGCGGGUGUCUACUUGCUCGUUCCUAGUGCCUGGGAUCCCGGGAUGGGCAUAGGGAGUGAAUGGGAAUUACGCGUAUGGGCCGAUGGACCUUUGGAGCUUGACGCUCCGUGA